AACAUGAGUACCCAGCCACACACUGUGACCAAGGCAGAGAUCCCUGGCCACAUUCUUUACACCGUAGGAACAUGUGUGCUCAUUAUUGGCUCCAUUGGCAUCAUUGGAAACCUCCUAGUCCUCUACGCAUUUUACAGCAACAAGAAGCUGAGGACUCCCCAAAACUACUUUAUAAUGAAUUUAGCUGUGAGCGACUUCCUGAUGUCGGCUUCUCAGGCACCCAUAUGCUUUGUCAACAGCUUGCACAGAGAAUGGAUACUUGGAGACAUAGGCUGUAACUUGUAUGCUUUCUGUGGGGCUCUCUUUGGGAUAACCUCGAUGAUGACUCUGUUGGCAAUCUCUGUUGACCGCUACCUGGUGAUCACAAAGCCCCUGCAGUCCAUCCAGUGGACUUCCAAGAGACGCACCGUGCAGAUCAUCGCCUUGGUGUGGCUCUACUCCCUGGGAUGGAGCGUGGCUCCGCUCCUCGGCUGGAGUUCCUAUGUGCCCGAGGGCUUGAUGAUAUCCUGUACAUGGGACUAUGUAACCUACUCCCCUGCAAACAGAAGCUACACCAUGAUUUUAUGCUGCUGUGUGUUUUUUAUCCCCCUGGUAAUAAUAUUCCACUGCUAUUUAUCGAUGUUCCUGGCCAUAAGGCGUACUGGCAGAGAUGUUCAAAACCUGGGGUCCUGCAGCCGGAAAUCCUACGUCUCUCAGUCCAUCAAGAAUGAGUGGAAGCUGGCAAAAAUUGCUUUUGUCGUCAUUAUUGUGUUCGUCUUGUCCUGGUCUCCAUAUGCUUGUGUCACCCUGAUUGCCUGGGCAGGUCGAGGCAACAGCCUGACACCAUAUUCCAAAUCUGUGCCAGCAGUUAUUGCCAAAGCUUCUGCAAUCUACAACCCCAUCAUAUAUGCAAUAAUUCACCCAAGAUACAGAAAAACCAUCCACCAAGCAGUUCCCUGCUUGAGGUUCCUGAUACGAAUAUCAAAGAAUGACCUUCUGAGGGGAUCCAUAAAUGAGUCCUCGUUCAGGACCUCUCUCUGCAGCCACCACUCUCUUGCUGGCAAGACCAAGAGCAUUUGUGUUUCCUCCAUUUCUACUGGAGAAGCUACCUGGAGCAAUGUAGAGCUCGACCCUGUAGAGCCAGCUCAAGAGAAACUGAAGCCUCGCCGAAGUAAUUCUUUCUCCACGAGUCUGAGGCAAGAGAAGAGAGACCUGCUCCCAAAGACCUGCAGCUAUGAUGCAGCCACUGCCCAAAAGGUUUCACUCUCCUCCAGCUGUUUGGAAAAGGUGCUUGGGCAGCCUGUCCUACCCAGUCCUUCUGCAGGACUCAUAACCAGCUCCCUGAGAGCAACUUCUCUGCCUGUCAGAUUGAAUAGCAGCAGUGCCACCACUGGAGACUCAAGUACUUCCCACAUGGAUACUCAAGGAAGUCAAGUGAAUGGAGUUGUGGAUUCUCUCAUUAGUGGUGCAGUCCCUCGCAUCAUCAUCAUUCCUACCUCAGAGACCAAUCUGUUUCAGGAAGAACUGGAAGAGGAAGAGACUGAAUUAUUCCACUUUCAUGACAAAAAGGGCAAUCUGCUGGACUUGGAAGGGCUUAGCUCAUCCAUGGAGUUCCUUGAAGCUGUUGAGAAAUUUCUAUCCUAAGUUUGUCAAAAGAAAACUUUCCGGUAAUUAUUUUCUUGGCAUCUUCUCCACUUAAUUAUACCAAAUAACUGAAGCCUUGUAGGUUAGAUCAUCAGAUUUUUUUUUUU